AAUGUUAACGUUUUGACAGUCACUGUCACUGUUUCAAUUACUAGUGUUAUUCCAUUGUUAUUCUCAGUUCGAAAUCUUGGAAUCUUUAAAUACAUUGCGUCUUUUAUUAGCAUUUGAAGUUGUUUUACUGCGACUAUAUGCGGCAAUGAAUACUAAAGUUUUUUUAGAAACAUUUGACAGCAUGCAACAUUUUAAUAGUAGUAGUAGUACUUCAUUUGUAAAUAUUAAAAAAAUCGCGAAAAUGUCAGCUGAACGCCGACGACGUGUUUCCAACAGUGGUGGGAGAACCCAGAAAUGUUUCCACACGCCUUGCGGACUGCUAGUCAGUAUUCACUUUCUAAUCGCGCCGAUCGCACUCGAUAAGAUACAAUAAAUCUGAUCGGUUCAUUAUAGUCCGAAACUCCGAAUCGCGAUGUCUUACGAAGACUUGUUUUCCCAACUCAAGUGUCACGGUCAAGAACACCUGAUUAAAUAUUGGCUGGAAAUAAGUGAAAAUGAGCGCGAACAAUUGGCGGGAGAACUCAGAAAAAUCGACUUUGUGGAAAUGAAUGAGAUUUUCCACAGAGCUAUGGAGUCGUCGAAAGUUAUUGCCGAGAAACUGGACGACGAUUUGAAGCCGAUUCCUCAGUCCCAUUACGAAGCCGUGCCCAGUUUGAGCAGGGAAAAAAUAGAAGAAUAUGAAAACAUAGGCUUUAGAGAGAUUUCUGAGGGAAAAGUUGGUGUUUUGCUACUGGCUGGUGGGCAGGCGACGCGACUUGGUUUUGGACACCCCAAAGGAAUGUACAAUGUCGGUCUACCAUCACAAAAAACUCUGUUCCAAAUUCAAGCUGAAAGGAUAGUUCGGUUGCAGAAAAUGGCUGAGGAAAAGACUGGAAAAGAAGGUAAAAUCACUUGGUAUAUCAUGACUUCCGAACAUACCAUGGCUCCUACAGCUGAGUUCUUUAAGGAUCACUCAUUCUUCGGCUUAGAGGAGGAGAAUAUUGUGUUCUUUGAACAGGGAAGACUACCAUGCUUCGAUUUCAACGGUAAAAUACUGUUGGAUGAAAAAUACCAAUUAGCCUCAGCCCCUGAUGGAAACGGGGGUCUGUAUCGUGCCUUAAAAACCCAAGGAAUGCUCGAUGACAUUUCUCGACGAGGUGUAGAACAUUUACAUGCCCAUUCAGUUGAUAACAUCCUCAUUAAAGUUGCCGAUCCAGUUUUCAUUGGUUACUGCUUGAGCAGAAAUGCGGAUUGUGCUGCUAAAGUUGUCCAAAAAUCUACACCAAGUGAAGCUGUUGGAGUUGUGUGCAGAGUCAACGGUCAUUACAAAGUGGUGGAAUAUUCGGAGCUUAGUGAUGAAGCCGCUGAAAGGAGGAAUCCCGAUGGAAGACUAACAUUCUCUGCCGGUAACAUCUGUAACCACUACUUCUCAUCUGAAUUCUUAAAGAAAAUAUCAAACUUCGAAAGUAAGCUAAAGCUCCAUGUUGCCAAAAAGAAGAUCCCAUAUGUAGAUGAGAAUGGUGUCCGACAGAAGCCAACAGAACCUAACGGUAUUAAAAUGGAGAAAUUCAUCUUUGAUGUGUUCGAAUUCGCUGAGAAAUUCAUAUGCUUAGAAGUAGCAAGAGAUGUUGAGUUCUCUGCUUUGAAGAAUGCUGAUUCAGCGGGUAAAGAUUGCCCGUCAACUGCUAGGCAGGAUCUUUUAAGGUUACACAGAAAAUACAUCAGGGAAGCUGGUGGUAUUAUCAAAGAUGAUUUAGAUGUGGAGAUAUCACCGCUGCUUUCUUACGGAGGUGAGAACAUUGAGGACCUGGUGAAGAAUGAGGUAUUCACCAUCAGCCCGUUCCACUUGAAGAGCAUGGAAGAGUCUGCUACCAAUGGAGUCAACGGAACCAAUGGUAAACAUUAAUAUACUUUCAAUUACUGUCCAUGCUCAAAGACAUUUUGUGACCAUUUGUGGAAUAAGCAGUAUCUCAAAAACAAAUGAUGUUGAAAAUGGAAUCUUAAGAUAAAGAAGUUAAGGUGUAUAUUAGCAUUCAUUUUUAAUUGAGAUACGGCUAAUUGACUUAUACUUCUAAAAAAAUCGCAAAAAUGAUCCCUAAUAUUGAUAACGUAAAAAACAGCUCUUCAGAGUACCUACCGCGAACACCGAAGUAAGCAAUUUGCGGGCAUCUUUCUCUUUUACUCCAGUUAAGGCGUAAUUAGAGUGACAGAGAAAGAUACUACCCAAUUUGCGAACUUUUGUGUUUGCGGUAGGCCCGCAGUAAACAAGAUAUUUCCAACUGCUUACUACAGAACUACUGUUCAAGAUAACGUUUUUAUUAUUAACAACAUAAACAUUGUUUACUACAGCAAAACAUAAUUCCACAAAAAAUCGCAGACUAAAGUUUUUAUCAAAAUCAAAUAUAAUUACAAACUAAUUCAAUAACCUAUUAAAAAUACAUUUUGUUAAUGUAUUAUUCAUAUUAUUUUGUUCUGUUCAAUUAUGGGAGUUAGUGCAAAUAAUGUACAUUGGUCAAGAUAUUUUUUAAUAUGACAUUCUAGAUAAUUGUCAUUAUGAAUUUUUUUAUAGGGUAAAACUUCCUAUAUUUGGCACCUCUUUAAUUAUUUUCAUUUUAGUUACUUUCUAUGUUUUUCAAUAGUGGUGUCAAUCAAUACAAUGAACUUUAAUGACUGACAAUUUUGGUUCAAGUCAAUGGCUAUUUUACCCUAUUCGGCCGAUUUUAUUUUGCUGUAGUUUUUUUUAUGAGAUAUAGUUCGCCUUUGUACGAAUGAAAUGACAAGUGUUUUUCCGGUUUUACUGAAAUUUUUGGACAAUAAAGUAUUUUACUACUACUAAAACUUGGCGGAUAUAGAGUUCCCUAUUCCGUACAACGUAAGCGCAAUUUUACUGUAUACCCACAAUGUUCAUCUGAGUUACGAAAACGUAUGGUAUUUUCAUACCAUCAGCGGAGAAUUACAUACAGUCACGUCUGAAAAUAACGAAAGUAAAGUGCCCUACCCGCACUACCCUAAUAUAUGGUCAUAAAGUUGUAUAAAUAUUUUGGCACUUCGAUCGUGUCGAUAUUUUCAGACGCGACUGUACAUGUUUUGUCCUAAAUUGGGUUUUCGUGUUUAUUCCGCCCAGUAUUAGAAGCUUUUCAAACUUAUCAAAUUUUAUCAGAAAAAACGAAAACAAAAAAAAUAGGCCCAUUAUUUUUGUAUAUUUAUUAAGUUUUAUACACAUAUAAUACAAUUAUUAGUACGGACACAUUUCUCGAAUGGUAUUUGUCUAAUAUUAUUAUUGUGUUACCAUAGUAACCCAUACAAUUUGACAGUUCGUUGCCUAAUAAUAUUAGUCUAAUAUCAUUCGAGAAAUGGGCCACUUUUUGCCCUAAUAAUAAAACACAUCACACACUGUAGACUAGUUUAACUACUUUACACAUUACUUACAGAAUUAGAAAGUCAAUCAAAUUGACAGAAAAAAGCCCAUAAAUGAAGAAUACACAUUUAUGCAUUAUAAAAUUUAUAAACUUCGUAAUUCCAAUCAAUUUAAGUUAUUUUUUUAAUGAUCUCUAAUUUGUAACUGCCUUGGAUGAUAAUGGAGUGAGACAAUUGGUAGGAAACUAGGAUGAACUAAAGUAUGCAUUGCAACAAGAUGAUUAACUUAGCCGACGUCUAAAAAUAUGAAGAUAUAUAGUUAGAUCAAGCUAAGUUGGCAGCGACUUUAAUAGCACAAACUGUGCAAGAGUUAUUUUAAACGUCAAACUUCUAUGAAAUUAUGACGUUGGAAUAAUACUUGCACAGUCUGUGCUAUCAAAAUCGCUACCAACUUAGCUUGGUCUAACUUCUAAAACUCUAUUUCCGAAAUCGAAAGGGUUAAGAGAUUGAGGCGUUUGAGGAAAGUAUACGAAACUUGCAUUACCCCUUUUACUUAUUAGACUCCAUUUCGAAGAUACGAAUGCCGAGUCAUUAUAGUGCCCAAAAAAUUUUUGGCGAAUAUUUUUAAGAUACGGGAACAACAACACAGCAUUGUAUGUACAUAAAAUAUAGUUUGGCAAGCCAUCUCCGUCAGUAGAUAAAGGCGGCAAAUUUUAAAAAUGUAGGCGUAGUGUUGUGCUCCCUCGAAAAUUUUAUUUUCGCGCCUUUUUCUAGUGACAAAGUGGGUUUGCCAGAGUAUAGGUAUGUCGUUCCGUAAAAAGGGACCGUUCGGCGGUUGGUGCUUUAAGGAAUUGGUGACGCAAAUUAAAACUAUUAGAAGACUUCUCAAUAUGGCGAAAGUGAAACUGUCUAAAGGUGCCUUUUCAUACGGAAUGACUUAUUGAUCAGUUUAAGAUAUGUAAAUAUAAUAUGCUAGGGAAACGUUGACUGCGGUCAAUGUGAGUUUUGAACGUUUUGUAUAUGAAUAAUGGUUCAUGGACCCGAUAUUAGACUAUAAAUAAAUGUGGCAUUAUCUAGGAAAAGGGACCUUAUUGUCGAUGGCGCUUACGCCGCACUGCGUCGCGCAGCGUUGUAUUUGUAUCGGAGCAUCGUUUAUUACGGCGGAAGCGACAUCGACAAUAAGGUCCCUUUUCAUAGAUAACGUCACAAAUAUGAUAGGUACGUUAUUCCAAUAUCAAAGUUUUGUUGUUCGCUUAGCGCUUUGCUUUGCCAUUUAAUUAAAUGCCGGAAUGUUUUGCGCAUUAAGUUACUAUAUGUACAAGUACAUCUAGUGAAAAGUCGUACCUAAGGGUAUUUUAAUGCUAUAAUAAAUAGUUUGUACAACUACAAAAUGUAUAAAACAAAACAAAAAAAUUGAGAGAGUCAGACCAAGAUUAGUUUGCAGCGAUUUUGAUAGCCCGGGGUGCGUAGUCAAGCCGCCAAUCGUUCACGCUCCGUAGCGUAUCGUAACUAUCUCUCUCUAUCGCUCUUCCAUAUUAGUGCGACUGUGACAGUUGCGUUUCGUUCUCCACGGAGCGUGAACGAUAUGCAUGUUGGCUAUGCGGGCAGGGGCCCUUUUCUCGAAAGUUAUUACACUAAUAUUAUUAGUGUGUUGCCAUGGUAACCCGAUUUGACAGUUCGUGUACUAAUAAUAUUAGUCUAAUACCGUUCGAGAAAUGGGCUCCAGGCGUGGCAAGUGUCAAGUAAACGUCAUAAUUUUAUAGAAUUUUGACGUUAUCCCUGCCAACUUAGCUUGGUCUGACUCGAGUACCUCAUACGCUGUUAUAAGCGCGUAAUAUAUUUUGAAAGCAAUAAAUUGUAUGUGAACAUAGUCAUAGGCAUUAACUUAACUUGUCAAUGUCAAUAUAAUCAUUCUAGCGGAGCACAAAGACGUAUGGCUACUUGUAAAUUGGUCCUUACGACGUAUGCCAUAAAGCUGACAUUUCUUCAUCCUAUAUUAUUGCAAUUAAUAUUUUAUUGGCAAGCCACUUUGUCACGGCGUAAACGGCGUAAAAUUGUAAAUAUAAUAAAGUAACAUAAGUCAUAAUCGUAAGUCAAUAAAUCAAUAAACAUGCCUAAAUUUAGGUUUCCUAAGCUUUUUGCUGAAUAUCGUGAAAAGUAGUCCGAAUGUGCGGCUAAACGAAAUAAUUUACUAGGUAUUUGGGAAUUUGUAUUCAAAGUUGUAUUUCAGGUUUUGGAAUUCGUAUAUAAUUUCCACCCAGAAUCAAGAGCUCUUUCGUUCCAAAUACGAGAAAAAAUGCGUCCCCAACAUUUCAUACUUUUUUUUGUUUGUAUGUUUUGUUGCGGUCAUUGGUUGUAUUGAAAACGUAACCAUAACUAGCUCAGCUACCCAAAGAGAGUCUUGGCCUCCGAAACAAGAGCACGCCACUAUUCCCGAUCAGCUUUCUGCCAAUUAUCGGCUUGGAGCUGACGCAGGUCUUCAACGUUGUCUCCCCAGCGGUAUCUGAGAGCCUACCGCGAACCACGUUCAACGUGUUGCCUUCCUGUCACACUUACGUACGAAUUUACAAGUGUGACAGAGGCAGCACGUCGGACGUGGUUCGUGGUAGGCCUUCUGAGUCGACCCACCGGCCGGCCACCAGUCGGUCUUCCCAAGUACGCCUUUUUGGCAGCCCGAUCCUUUUCCAUUCUAAGUAGGUAGCCGAACCAGCGAAGGUUCGCCCACUAACUCCUCGAUUUCGGCAUUCUCCACGUGCCAUCAUCUCCCUUGAUAGGUCUCUAGGUAGGAUCUUUUGAAAGACCUUCCUUUCGGCUACCAGGAGCUGACUUUCCUCUUUUUGUGCUAGGGUCCAGGCCUCACAACGAUUGGUUUAAUAACGGUCCACCAAACCACCAAUCAAAAGAACCAAAAUGAUUGGGGCAUACUGUAUCAGUAAAAAUGGAAAAAGCUCGUGAUUGUCAGUAAAAUAAUAUAAAAAUUUCCAAUUCUAACAUAAGUUAGUGAUACAACUUCAAAUAGAAAUGCCCACUUAUGUUCAGCAAAAAUAUAGGAUACUUUUAUUAAUACGAAUAUUAUAUAGCAAUAUUAAUCAUGUAUUAUUAAGUUAGUUGCCUUUAUGAAAUGCCCCAAACGCAGGAAUGUCGUACGAGUAAAUAUACAGAUCACACACAGCAUCACACUAAAUUGUCGAUAAUGUGACAUGUGUCCGUUGACAUAUAUCUAGGGACGGACCUUACGGGCAAUAAGAAUGAUGUUAGUUCAGGGUGUCACUCACGAAUUCGAGCCAAUCGUGCAGUCUAACGCAACUAGUUGCGACUAAUCGCACGCGUGAUGCGAACUCAUCAACCAAUCGUGUUGUGGCGUUAGACUGCACGAUCGGCUCGAAUUCGUGUACGGUGACACCGCUGUACUGGCCCCAUUCUUAUUGCCCGUAAGGCCCGUCCUUAGAUAUAUGUCAAUACAUGUGUAUGCUGAUGGCCAAUUUUAAUAUAUACCACUUUUCGAGGAGGUAUAACAAAAUUAUAUAAAAGUUUAAAAUUGAUUAAAUAAGUAGAGUUAGAUUUUGACUACUCUGCAACCAUUUUGAUGGCAUAGACUGUGCAAGUGUUAUGUGCACGUCAUAAUAUCAUAGAAGUUGUGCGUUUAAAAUAACACUUGCACAGUCAGGGCUAUCAAAAUUGCUGCAGGGUUUAUCUUGGUCUAAAUCUAACAAAAUAUCUCUGAGUAGGUGAAGUUCAAAUACAUGAAGUCUUGAUUUGUUCGUGAUUUCAGUAUAUUUCAAAAUUGGCUGUCUUGUUUAAGUUACGUUCUCCUGCUUAAUUUGCUAUGUAAAUUAAAUAUAGGAGUCUAAAUUCUACGCAUAUAUUAUAAUAUAUACUAUACAUUACAGAAAUGAAUUUCUAAAUUUAUAAUUUACAUCACAUAGAUUUAUUCAAAAUUAUGUUUUUUUUGUUUAUGUUUGCUUGAGUCAUAAUAAGAUUUUAUGUACUUAAUAGAUAGUCAUAAUAAAUGAGAUUUUAUAUUUACGUUCCUUAUACAAUAAAGUAUUUGAAAUAA